AACUUAUACUGCUGUGCCAGGCCCUAUAUGAAAAGAGAGACUAUUGCUCGUUUUAAAGAAUUAGUGCUGAGAUUAUCCUUAACAACUACUAAUGCACUAUAUAUUAAUACACUGCUGUUUUAAUGGCAAGCAAUGCUAUCAACAUGUAAGCAGAUGUAAACUUCCCUGAGUAACAACAGGAUCUGAUAAAGGAGGUCAACCUUUCUAAAUGCUGAUCCGUUGAGCUGAAAUUUUUCAGGUAUUUGUUCCCCCCUCCUUUCUCAUGCUUGUUUGUGCAUUUUUUUCAUCUCUUUAGUGUCAGUUUUGUCCCUGACACUAUCAAAGGAAUGCUUGGAAGUUACUGUCCUCUCUUGGGAAGCUCUGGUUCCCCUAUGUUUGAAAUGGGAAUUUGAAGUGGGGAAAGACCUGUGGUGGCAUUGCAUUUGAGCCUACUGUUUUUCUUCUAUAAAACUCCUAAAAUUUUGCCAAAUUAUGAAUUUCUCAAAGCAGGAGUUUGCAAGUGUCCCAAAUAAAUCUACUUGUUCCUUGAGCUAAAGGUGCUCAAGAAAGUUGAAAUCUAAACAUUUUCAUGAACCUCACAGAUUUUUUGGGGUAAAUAUUGCAAAUGCUUACCCACAGAGUAAUUGAGCAUACUAUGGCACAAAGCUGAAUAGCUGUUGAAUUGUGUCCUCUGCAAUCUGUGGCGUUUGUGGCCUAAUAUGAUGCUGAAGUACAUGCAGAAAGUCUUUUUUUUUUUUUUGUCCUUCAUCCUGUCCAGUAAAUGUAUGAAGAUAAAGAAAAGCAUCUUGAAAAUGGGAAGGUGAAGUGGGAAGCUGGCUAGGUGGUGAACUUCAGAAACACAGAGAAAACAACAGGACUUGGGGAGAAUAAAAGAUGUCCAAAAGUCCCUGAUUUUGCAGGACUCUGAAGUCAGGCUUGAAGAGGUGGCAUCCUUUGGUUAGGAGCCAUUACCCUGAUGGGUACAGGUCCUCAGUGCAGAGUUAAAAACUCCUAAUGUUGACUACCUUGAAUGUAAGCUUUGGUAUGUAGUUUCAAAUAACGUAGUUUUUAGAGCUAAGCACGUAGAAACUGGGAAACUCCAGGUUAAAGAUUCUCAGUGCAGCUAUAAUUUGAUUCUUCUAUUCACAUUUAGAAUUGGAUUCUACUGGAUCUGCUGGUCACGGAAGUUCUGGGUGAUGCUGUACAUAUCAUUGGAGACAAGCUUCUCACACGUGGCCUUGAUCCAUGUGCUCAUUCACUGAUGUCCAGCUUGUUACUUUACCAUCUUACUCGGUCCCCAAGGCUUGCAGCAGUGACCAAAGUCAGAAGCAGCUGACUUCUGAACAUACCAGGUCUGCCUCCCCCAGAAGACUGCUAUGAGCUUAUGGAGCUUUCCAGAGAUUUCACAGGAGAAAUCCCUGAGGAAAUUUACAGUAGCAACAUAGCAGGAUGAAGGACCGGCUAAACGAGCUGCAUGAAUUAGCCAGGUUACACAACCAACAGUUUACUGAAAGUGAGGAUGAUGAAAAUUCACCCCACGAUGUUCUGCUUUAUGAGACUGAUUAUGCCUUGGAAAUUCUCCAUAACGACAUACAGAACAUCCGGACAGAAAAUGACUAUCUAAAAGAGGAUGUGAAGCGGCUCAGAAAGCAAAACAACCGCUUUCUUACUUCCAUGCGCCGUCUUAGUAGCAUCAAACGAGAUACUAAUUGUAUUGCCAGAGACAUUAAGGCCCGUGGAGAAAGCAUCCACAGGAAACUUCACAUAAUGAGAGAUUUCUGUGAAGAUGCAGUAACAAAAUAUGGGGCUAUGUCUGUUAUUGCCAGGGUAGCAAAGAACCACUACGUUGAUCUCAUGCACUCAUUUCAGGGAGCCAUGUUUGAAUACAAUGCAGCAGAGAUGAACCAACGAGAGAACUGCAAGAUUCGAAUUCAGCGGCAGCUAGAGAUAAUGGGCAAAGAUGUUUCUGGCAACCAGAUUGAGGAGAUGAUUGAGCAAGGCAAGUGGGAUGUUUUCUCUGAGAAUCUCUUGUCAGAAGUUAAGGGGGCUCGCUCUGCCUUGAAUGAGAUUGAGACACGUCAUAAGGAGCUUGUGAAGUUAGAAGGUCGCAUCAAGGAAGUUCAUGAGCUCUUUCUGCAGGUGGCCUUACUAGUGGAGGAACAGGCAGACACCUUUGACGUCAUUGAGAUAAAUAUGCAAAAUGUUGAGGACUAUGUAGGAGAAGCUAAAGAGCAAGUGAAAAAAGCUUUGGAAUACAGAAGAAAACACCCCCUCAGAACAAUCCUCUGCUGCUGCUUAUCCUGCUGCAGAAGAUGAUUGUCCCACUGAAGCUAUCACAGACUGACCUGAAUAUCUUCAAAAUCAGGCAUUCAUUUCAGUGACUUUUUUCUAAUGACA